GCACAGAGAACGGCACCUCACCCGGCCUCGGGCAGUCAGGAACGGCUUCCCAGAGAAACUGACACCUCAGUGGAGCCUGAAGGAAGGAGCAGAGGAGCUGACAGGGCAGUGAAAUAGGAAAGGGCUGGAGAGGAAGGGGGAAGGGCCCUGAGCGAUGCCUGGAGGCUAGGCCACCCUGGCUGCAGCCUGGGGUGUGUGAUGGGGCAGGACACCAGGCCCCUGGGCAGUGCACCCUGGGGGCUCAGCGGACAGUGUGGUGGUGGGGGCGGCUCCUGGAGCAUCGGGCUGGGCCCACACCCCUCAGCUCCCGAGACAGAGGGCGCAAGCGCGGAGGGAGGGGAGCCGCUGAUUUACAUCCUACAGCUGGGGGGGAAACCCAGGAAGUGCAGCCCGGGCACUAAUCAAAUCUAGGCUAAUAAUAAACGUCCUGAGUAAUGAGUGGCCUGGGCCGGAGCAGGCGAGGUGGCCGGAGCUGGGAGGGCCAGGAGGAGCCAUCCCCACAGGGCCUGCGGCUGGGGGUGGCCAUGCAGCCCUGCCCCGAAGAGCAGUACUGGGACCCGCUGCUGAACACCUGUGUCUCCUGCAAAACCAUCUGCAGCAAUCAGAAUCCACGCACCUGUGCAGCCUUCUGCAAGUCACUCAGCUGCCGCAAAGAGCAAGGCAGGUACUAUGACCAGCUCCUGGGGGACUGUAUCAGCUGUGCCUCCAUCUGUGGACGUCACCCCAAGCAAUGCACACACUUCUGUGAGAACAAGUUCAGGAGUCAAGUGAACCUCCCACCAGAGGUCAGGAGACAGCGGACCGGAGAGGCCUCGACCCGGGCAGACAACCUAGGGAGGUACCAGGGACCAGAACACAGAGGCUCGGAUGUGGGUCCAGCCCCCCCAGGGCUAAAGCUGAGCGCCGACCAGCUGGCCCUGGUCUACAGCACGCUGGGGCUCUGCCUCUGCGCCAUCAUCUGCUGCUUCCUGCUGGCCGUGGCCUGUUUCCUGAAGAGGAGGGGGGACCAGGUCUCCUGCCAGCCACCCCCAGGGCCAUGUCGGAUGAGGGCCAAGUCCUCCAAGGCAGAUCACUGGAUGGAAGCGGGCAGCGCUGCAGGGGCAACGCCCGAGCCGACGGAGACGUGCAGCUUCUGCUUCGCGGAGUGCAGGGAGCCUGAGCGUGCCAGGAGGUGGGCGCGCCACGGCCAGAGCGCAGCCGGACAGCCCUGCGUGCGCGCCCCGAACGGUGGCCUCUGCGGCAUUGAGGUCGUGUGCACGCCCGCCCAAGAAGGAGGCCUGGCCACAUGAACCUGGGGGGCUGGGGGGAAUGGUGAUGGGAGAGAGAAAUGACGGUGGGGGAGACUGGGGAGAGAGGAAUAGAGCAAGGGGAAAGGACAGGGAAGGGGGAGGGGAGUGGAGGAACAGCUGGCAGAAGGGCCAGGGCCACCGUAUUGACCCCAGUAGGUCACCGGCACCUACAUGCACCUGCAGUACAAGCACCCACACCUGCUGGACCCAGCCCCGGGGACCCUUGGCAGAAAUAAAACCUCCCGCACUGCC